AUGACGACGACCCCGCGCGCCAUCUUCGCCCGCUCCGCCCCGCUCGCGCACCCCGCGGCGACCGCGCCGACCGCAUCCACCGGCGCGCGCCACCAUCGCGCGCGCGCUCUCCAGCACUCCCUCGCGCCGCCGUCGCCGUCUCCUACGCGACCGUCCUCGGGCGUCGUCCGCCGCGCGUCGUCCAUCGCCGCGAACGCGACGGCAACAAAUCCGGCGUCGCGCCAGUUCCCAUCCACGGACGUGCCGAGCGACGCCUUCUACGACGCGGUGGUGGUCGUCGCGGGGGGCAUGACCGACUCCGGCGGCCUACCCCCCUGGGUCGUCUCGCGCCUGGACCACGCCGUGGACGAGUACCGACGCCACGUCACCGCGACGCCGCCCAAGAAGAUGUACGUCGUGCUGUCGGGGUCGGCGACGCCGCACAAGCCUCCGCCGCUGCAAAAGGGCGGUUUCAUGCUGCACGAGUCCACCGCGAUGGCCGAGUACGUCGUGGCGGCGGGGGUCCCGCCGCAGGCGGUGCUGAAAGAUACCGCGAGCAUGGACACCAUAGGCAACGCGUACUACUCCCUGACGCUGCACGCGGCGCCGAGGAACUGGCGGAGGGUGCAGGUGGUGACGAGCGAGUUUCACGCUGGUCGAACGAGGGCGGCGUUCGAGUGGGUGUGGGGGCUCUGGUCCCCGGGUUUGAACGGCGCCGACGACGACGCGGGGAGGCAACGACGGGGCGGUGACCCCUACGUGCACCUCGACUUUUGCACCACGGCGAACGACGGGUUGACCUCGGAGGUUGUGGACGCGAGGGCGGAGAGGGAGGCGAGGAGCGAGGCGGCGCUGAGGGACAACGCGACGAGGGUGACGACGCUGGCGGACUUUGGCGAGUGGCUGUACACCACGCACCUGUGCUACGCGGUGACGAGGCAACACGAGAUCGGGGAAUUCGCGGAGAUGAAGACGGACCCGGCGCUCAAGUCGUACUGA